AGGAGGGCCGACUUUGAAGCUAUCUGUAUAAGUAUGUGGUUUGUGCUCUACUUUGCAUUCCUUUGAGUCUGUGCAUGUGAACGGUUAAUGGCUCUGACUGGAAAGUAGCUUGCAGAGUGCCUGUAUUACUUUGCUGGCAGGUUAUGAAAUACUGCAUUACUGUCCUGAUACGACUUCCCUCCAAGUUCAAAGGGCGCUGAAGUGCAGUGAGUGCCGAGCAGGGCUGGAUUUUGAAAGAAGGAUGGAGCGCGUCUCUUUCUCGCCACUGUCCCGUGUUGCUAUUUGUGGUGGCACCCAUGGAAAUGAGAUGUCAGGGGUGUACAUAGUGAGAGAGAUGCAGAAACAGAAGGUAGAUCAGAAGGGAUUGGUUUCUAUAACUACCGUCCUAUCAAAUCCGCGGGCAGUGGAUGCUUGCAUAAGAUACACGGAAACGGAUCUAAAUCGCUGUUUCACAGAUGCCUUGCUGAGUGCCCCCAUAACAGACUCUACAUCCUACGAGUUGAGGAGAGCCCGUGAGCUGAACGCUCAGCUUGGGCCCAAAGGAAGCCGAGAGGCUGUGGAUCUGCUCUGCGACCUCCAUAACACCACUGCCAACAUGGGCAUGUGUCUCAUCCUUUCCUCCUAUGACUGGAUCAGCCUGCAUAUUUACAAAUACAUACAGAGCAAGAUGACCUCUGCGCCUGUGAGAGCAAUCCUUCUUGAUAUACCCUCUUCUGAGGCUUAUUCCCUGGAGUCAGUGGGCAAACACGGCAUCACGAUAGAAGUCGGGCCGCAACCCCACGGCGUGCUCAGAGCUGAUAUCUUUAACAUGGCGAAAGAGGCAAUGGAUCUCUCAAUAGAAUGGCUUCAGAAAUUUAAUUCUGGAAGUGCUUUUGAAGGUGGCGAAGUGGAAGGAUACACAGCAGUGAGGAGUGUAGACUACCCAAGGGAUCCUAUAACCAAUGACAUUACUGCUGCCAUUCACCCCCAGCUGCAGGAUAACGACUUCAAGCUUCUCCAUAAAGGCGACCCUGUGUUCCAGUCCUUUUCUGGGGAGACGGUGAAGCACGAGGGAGAAGACCUCUACCCUCUCUUUGUCAAUGAAUGUGCCUACUAUGAGAAGAAGAUUGCUUUCCGUUUAACCAAAAAGAUCACUGUGACCUUGCCGUCCAUAAGUGUGAAGGCAGACAGAGUAUAGACAUUAUGUUGCAUGUACUUUAAAUUAUAACCACAGAACAAAUAAAACUGUACACUACAUGUAUAAUCAUGUUUCUAAUGUUUUUUUAACUGUGGCAAUGAUGCAAAACACCAUCUUUGAAUAAAUGGAAAAUAUGGAUCCCUUUGAGUUAUUAGAUGGUGUGUUUUGACUUUGAUUUUUGAAUGACGUGCUGAUGUUUAGCUGCUUUGAUAUUUACCAUGUUCACAACUUUCUUUUGCAUGUUAACAUAUUCAAAUUAACACUUUACACAAAGUACAGCCGAGGCUGAUGGUAAUGUCAUUAGUUUUGCAGGUAUUUAGUCAUAAAGCAAAGCAUUGCUAUCUCAAGAGCCAGGUCGCUAGCAUGGCUAGCAAUAGCAAUAGCAUGAGCAUAGCAAAGCAUCUCUGUAACUUUUAAAUACUUACACUGUUAGGAUUGAUGAUGUUUUACUAAUUCUAUGACACCGGAUCACACAAAAACAAGAAGUCCGAAGUCAGCAAAUGUCAAAUUUAUCAAUACAGAAACAGGUGCAGUGUGCUUCAGAAUACAUAAAAAACAUUUUCAAAAGCCAUGUUGUGUACACAUCAGACAAAUAACAAAAACAUUGUGACACUAAAACAUCACAAUUUUUUUCUGGUGCUAAGAAAUCCUCUAUUUUGGACACACAAUAAAGUAACAAAUUAAUUUACUUUCCACUCAAAUGCAAAGUGUAAAAAUAGAUGUAGUUUCCUGCAAGUGAAGAUUUUGC